GACUCGACUGUGUGUGCGUGGUGUGUGUGUUUGAGUGUGUGUAUGACUUUCUGGGAUUAUCUCGGAGCGUUUUGGAAUUAGGAGGCAGAAACGAGGACGGCCGCAGCAUCUGCUGGAGUGGAAAGAGAGCGCGCAGUAAACGUACCGUGUGGAAUGAAGUUUCCUGUGGAUCUCCUGGCUGAUGUUUGCCUGGCAGAGCUAGAGCGGUCAGCCCACAACUACAUGAACAACCUCCUGUAUAGCAAUCCUGAUUCUCCUGAUCAUCUGACCAUUUCUGCUUCCACCAAGGUCAUCAUUGACAUUUCCAGCGUAGGCUUCGUCCCUCUGUAUGGAUCCGAUGAUACAUGGAAGAUCCUGGCCCUCUUUUCACCCAGUGACCCAUUCAUUGCAGUGGGUCUGUACCUCUUAGACCGCUGGUGGGCAGUUGAAGAUAUUCUCAAGACAGCAGAUCCUGCUAGAGAUGGAGUUUUGAAGGUGGAGACAGUUGGGGACAGAAUAGUUUUAUACAUCCUUAAUCGUGUCAUCUAUAGAGGCAAGGAGAUAACCUCUGACGAGCUUCCCUUCCUCUGUCAUGGAGAAAAAGAUUAUGCAAAAAUUGUCUGGAAUAAUGGAGAGGCAGUUGGCUUCUAUUCAGUCAAACCCUCAGGGACCAUAUGUAAUUCUUUCUCAGUCAGAACCUACCAGCUCUCUGUGAUGGACUCCAUAUUUAUUAGAAAAUGUCAACGUCGUAAAGGCUUUGGUCUUCAGAUGCUGGUGGACUUUGUGCUAAGUUUUAAAGAGGAGUCUUUGGGGUUGAGGUACCCCCUUACAAAAUCAAUGUAUAAAGUGUGUGAGAAGUACCUGUGCCAGUACCCAGGAGAUGCAGAUCUGCUGUGGGAGGUGGAGAGCAUUGGUGGGCCCAAACAGAGGACCAACAUUGCCAGGAAGAUCAUGGCCAUAGAUAUUAGUGUGUCCAAGAAUCUCUCUUUCUCAGAGGAAACACUUUUGACUGCUGAUGUGGCUGAAAAGGUGUUGAAAGAGACAACUGCUGUGGAACACACAGUUGAAAUUAUGGAGGAAGUGACUGUAUUUAGAGCUACCAAAGAGUUCGAUAAUGUGCCUGUUGUAAACCAGCGUAGGAGCAGUCGUACAAAACAAAGGAAAACUGGAGAAAAGAUGACAGAGGACAAGUCAGAAAAAGUUAUCAGAAUCGAGGAAAUUGAGGCAGAAACCCCCAGAAAGGAGAGCGUUUCUGUCCAAAGAAAGACAGAACUGCAUGAUUCGGAGGAACUGGAGCAAACUGAGGUUUUGUUGAGUGUCUUUAAAGAAAAAGCAGAAGAUGUAGUGGAUACUGUACCUGAAGGAGGACCAACUAUGGGAUCAAACAAACCAGCUACUGUCCUGACCUCUGAAGACCUAGCAGAAGAUCAUGUUACAUCAGCAACUAUGACUGAAGAGCAACACAUAGAAGAGGAUGCCACACAAGAUCUGAACAAUAAGUUCCAUGACUCUCAGAUAACAGUGGAGAAUGUGGCAUCAGAAACUCAGGAAGCAGAGGUGUGUGAGAAGGAGGAAGAAGCAGACAUUCCAUUUGGAGAAGAUGCUGAGGAGAAUAUUCUGUCCGUUGAGUUAGACGAGAAAAUGAGUCGGAAAGAUGAAGAAACACCAGCAAAUAACGAGCAGGUACAAAGUGGCUAUGAAGACGAAACGCCAGUUAUUGAAAGAAGAGUUCUGAGAAGUGGUAAAAAGACAGUAAGAGCCACAACCAGAAUCAAGACCACAAAAGACAAGAUGAUGAGCAAGAAGAGGAAGCAGAUGGAGUGAAAAGCAAAGAAGAUAAACCAGUAGAAGAUAGACUUGUGAGAGAGGGAAGAAGGUCUGCUGCCACAGCUAGACAACAGUCAAAACAGGCACAGGAAGAGACGGAAGAGACCACUGUAACUGAAGAGAUACAAGUUGACGAAACCAAA